AUCACGGAUCAGCAUAUUCUCACACCAUCCCAGAGGAACCUUCUCCCUUAUUAACAACAUUUCCUCCUACAAAAAUAAUUUUUAGAGUUCCAGAGAUGGUUUCCAAGCAGUCUGCAUCACUUGCUCUCUUUCUUUCUCUCAACCUUGUAUUCUUUGCCCUAACAUCAGCUUGUGGUACUUGCCCCUCGCCAAAGCCAAAGCCAAAGCCAAAUCCAACUCCAUCUCCCACCCCUGCUGCCAAGGGAACCUGUCCUAGGGAUGCUUUGAAGCUAGGUGUAUGCGCCAAUGUGCUUAAUUUGGUUAACGUUGUGGUUGGCACUCCUCCAUACCUCCCAUGCUGCAGCCUCAUCCAAGGUCUUGCCAACCUUGAGGCCGCUGUCUGCCUCUGCACAGCCAUCAAAGCCAAUAUCUUGGGCAUCAAUCUCAAUAUCCCACUUUCACUCAGCUUGGUUCUCAACAACUGUGGGAAGAAGUUCCCCACUGGCUUCCAAUGUGCUUAAACAUGCAACUUCAAUUCCUUCUAGCAUUCUCUGUUCGUGGAGUUCACCAAGUUAGUUAUUAAUUAUAAGCGUUGGGUAUAUAUUGUCGUCCAUUCUUCUAAGUGGAACAGCUCGUUUCCUUUAAUUUCUUGUAGUUUGCGCAUGUCUAAUGGGUUCUGUCAUCACCGUGAAUAAACAUGGAGUGUCAAUUUGUGUAUGAUUUUCACUUCCGUGACAACAUAUGAACAUCUAUUUAUUUGAUAUU